AUGUCUUCGAAGUUAGUGUUCGAGGUUAGUUAUGGGGGUAGAUUCGAUAGGAGUUUUGGUUGUAAGUACGUGAGUGGAGAAGUUACUGUUCAUAGUGACAGUUAUGAUCCUGAUAACUUGUCUUUUUUUGAAGUGGAAGAUAUUUGUAAAGACUAUGGGUACAAGGCAGGGGAUUUAAUGUACAUUAGAGAACCUGAUAAGACAUUAAUGGGUGGUUUACAUUUAAUAACCUCUGAUGAAAAAGUAUUGUUCAUGGUUGGAUGCCAUAAAGGACAAUUUCUUGUGCAUUUAUAUGUUGUGUGUUUUGGGGAGGGUCAAGGUGAUGUAGAGGAACAUGAAGAAGAAGAAGAUGAUGAAGAGGAGGGGAGGGUAGAUUACAAUGACCCCUGGUGGAAAGACAAGGUCAAUGAUGAUGAAGAUUUAUUUGAUCUAGAUCUUGACGUAGGUGAUACUAGAGCUAGAAGAAGUGGAGCUGGAACCACUGGUGAUGGUGAUAUUGAGAAUGAGGGUGAUGAGGAAGAAACAGGUGAUGUACAUGAAGAUGAUGAAGAAGAUGGGAACCAUGAUGAGGCCCAUCCAAUUGAUGAUUCUGUUAGGUCCGAAAGUGGACCUAACAAUAAGAAAAAAUUUGAAGAAUUAGAUGAUGAUGACACAAACUCUGAAAUGGGUAGAAGUGACAUACUCGAGUCACCACUGAAUAAUGAUGAGGAAUGUCAAGUUCCAUCUACAAAAUCUCCAGAAUUUCACCGAAUGGACGUAGUUAAUCCAGUGCUGCAUCUCAAAAUGACUUUCCCAGACAUACAAACAUUUAGAGAGGCUGUUAAAGAGUACAAUCUUUUGAGGGGCAAGGAAGUUGGGUUUAAAAAGAAUGAAAGAAGAAAGUCUAUCGUGGUGUGUAAGGAUGACAAAUGUGAGUACCGAGUAUAUGCAAAGCAGGUUCGUGAUGAACAAACAUUUCAGAUAAGAUCUAUGCAGCCUAAACAUGUGUGUGGUAGGCAAUACAAGAACUCCAACGUGAACUCAACUUGGAUAGCCAACAAGUUGAUUGAGAAGUUCCAAAUUCAGCCCAAUAUGCCAUUGAACGUCAAACAACAUGAAGUGAAGGAAAAGUGGAAAGUGGAUGUAACUCCAAGUAUGAUGUACAGGGCUAGGGUCAAGGCAUGUCAAAAAAUAUACGGGAAGCUUGAAGAUCAAUACAGUCAUUUGUGGGAUUAUUGCGAGACAUUGAAAAUGACUAAUAAGGGAAGCUGUGUGAGGAUGAAGGUUGACAGACCAAACCCUAAUGUGCUUCUAAAAUUCGGAAUACUGUAUUUUUCUCCUCUUGCUGCGAUGAAGAAGGGGUUCCUAAAAGGGUUGUAG